AUGGGAUGGCCGUAUCAAUUCCUGGAUCUCACCUCUGAUGAGAAAGCUCAACGUCGAGAACUUCUCGACCAAUACGCCUUCUUUGCACAAGUAUCAGUGCUAGUCCCGCUUCUUGCAUGUGCGACGGCUCGCCUCUGUGUGUGGCUUGUGGCCCGGACGGGAUUCCUUGAUGUCGAAUAUUCGGCACUGAGUCAGUUGCCUGAAAGUGGUGGAGCAUCUGGUCAACCGAAACUUGGUCGAAAUCGACGGAGGACAAUCUCUCAGCGAUGGCGACAGGCGCAGUGGUGGCUGGAUGAGGAAUUGGCCUCAGGCUGGGGAUUGAGAGGCCGUUGGAUCAUUGCGAUCGUCUGGACACUUUGGCUACUGGGCUUGUGUGCCCUGGAGACAGGGAAUGGUAAGCAACUUGCGAAAGGCGAUCAUAAGCCGUUUCGAGCAACCGAAGACCUCAACGAGUCCCUCUCAACUAACACGGCAACACCAGAUUAUUUGCACAUCACGAAGCGAUUCGGGAUUAUCGCUGCAUCUCAAAUGCCUCUGCUCUUCCUCCUCUCAAUGCGGACACGAUUUUCUCCGCUCUGUAUUCUCUUGAAAUCAUCGCAUGACCAUCUGAUGCAUUGGCAUCAGAUGUGCGGCCGCAUCAUCAUGAUCUUCGUGAGUCUCCACGGAGCAUGCUACGUCAAUUUUUACAUACAAAAGGGGAUUUUCGUUACACGUCUGCAACACCAACACCCUCUCACGGGGCUGAUCGCCCUCUUGAUGAUUGGGACGAUUGCCAUGACGAGUUUGGAAAAAGUCCGAAGAUGGAGCUACCGCCUCUUCAUCUACAGUCAUAUCUCCACUGGGGUGGCAAUCUGGCUGGCUCUCCUUUUCCAUGCGAAGCCGCUUCGUCUAUACGCAGUCGAAAGCUUAGCAGUGUAUUUUGCUGAUCGGAUUCUCCGGUAUUUUGACACCGUCACCUCAUCAGCGGUCAUUACACAAGUCCCUCGCACAAAUCUAUUGCAAGUAACAUUCGCAACCACGCUAAAAAAGCGGACUCGUUUUCUUGCCAAGUCAGGGCAACAUGUUUACUUGUCCUUUCCAGCCAAAGACCCAUGCUCCAGCUGGAAAAGUUUGCUUUCGAACCCGUUCACGAUAGCGGAGGCCUCGGCGGAAGAAAUUAAGCUUGUUCUUCGAGCACGGCAGGGACUCGUCACUCAAAUGCUUCAAGGGUACACAGAUCACAUCAAAGGACAGCCCACGAUCAACAUCGAAGGGCCUUAUGGAGGCCUUGCGUCCGUGGUGGAGCUUGUGUCAACCGCUGACCGAAUUCUUCUUGUGGCAGGAGGUAUAGGUGCAACAUUUAUAUUGCCCGUGUCCAUGGCCCUGCGAGAGCAUCUUCUGGACACCAAAGGUGACCCUGAUCGACUUCAUGUUGUUUGGGCUCUCAAAUCCGCCGCUGAAGGAAGCUGGACUUUGGACUCUGAAAAACAAAUAUUGCCUCAAAGAUUCAAUAUCUCGAUAUACGUGACUGGAAGACACCACACUGCAUAUGAUCAGAUGGAAAUGUCCGACAAUGAUGAUCAAGUGGAAAUGAAUGCUCUGCAGCAGAGUCCGUGUGUCAUGGGGGGAAUUCAAUCCCAAACGGGACGACCAGAUUUGAGAGCAAUCGUCGAUGGACUCAUGAGCUAUCACCCCGACGAACGGGUUGCAGUGGUCUUUUGCGGACCAAAAGAAAUGGGACGUGAGCUACGAUCUCAAGCUGGUAGAUGGGUGGCCAAGGGCCGAGAUGUGCUCUGGCAUGAGGAAGGUUUCGGGUGGUAG